AUGCAAGCUUGGGGAGGAUUAAUGACUGCACGCGUCAAAGCCAAGGGAACAAAUGGAAUUGUUGUUGAUAGUCUUAUUCGAGUUUUAACUGCAUUUGCUAAAGUUUGUCAUCCAAGGAAUUUAUCGUCCAAACACUUAAUGGUUGUUCGACCUGGAGAUAUCAUAUUUGGAUUUAGACGUUUUCAUGUGUAUCCACCAAAGACGAAUUAA